GUGGUUUUCCUACCAGGGUUUGGCUGUCUCUACAUAGACGUAGUCCAUCAGGGUGGCACAGUCAUCCUCACCCUGGCACCAGAGGGCAGCGUGGACUCUGUCAUGAGCCUGCACAACAGGACGUCCAAUCGGAAGCUGGCGUUCAGGGUGUUGCUGAGCGAGGCCAGUGUGUCGCUGAGUGAUGACAUCACCAGUCGUUCGGGUUCCGUGGAGCUCUUGAGGCUGACUCUGUCCAAACUGCUACUGAACCUGUGUCCUGCACGGCUGGGUGACUCUGGCACGGGGCUGGGUGAAGGAGGCAGGAGGCUGGUCACCGCCGGGAUGGGAGAGGCCUGUCUGGUGGAAGUCCACUGUGCCAGCCUGCAGGUGGACAACCAGCUGUAUAACCGUGCCAGCUUCCACUUCCCGGUGUUGUUGUGCCAGGAGCAGAGUGUGGAGCUUCCCCUCUGGACCAGCGAUGCCAACCCCACCACCUCACUACAGGCCCUGGAGGAGUUUAAGGCGUCGUGCUUCCUCCAGCUGGGUCUCACCCUGGACAGGGAGGACUACAGUGUGGACCAGCUGACCUUCCACAUCAAACCAGCCCGUCUCUACCUAGAGGACACCUUCGUCUACUACAUCAAGACUCUGUUUCACACCUACAUCCCAGACUCAGCCCUGGCCCCUUCCCCGGGCCCUAACCUCUCAGAGCACUACGGUGGUCCCUUGCUCCCGGAGACCGUCCUUCAGUCCAUCCCAGCCCUGGUGCACCCUCUGAGGCUGCAGCGACUGGUCAUUCAGCCGGUCAACGUGUUGGUUAGCAUCCACGCCUCUCUGAAGCUCUACAUCGCCUCGGACCACACCCCGCUGUCUUUCUCCCUGUUCGACAGAGGACCGCUCUGUACUACAGCCAGACAGCUGAUUCACGCACUCACCAUGCACUACGCUGCCGGCGCCCUGUUCAGAGCUGGCUGGGUGGUGGGGUCUCUGGAUCUCCUUGGAAGUCCUGCCAGUCUGGUGAGGUCCAUCGGUAACGGAGUAGCAGACUUCUUCCGCCUGCCAUAUGAGGGUUUAACCCGGGGCCCCGGGGCCUUCGUCAGCGGAGUGUCACGAGGAACCACCUCAUUCGUCAAACACAUCUCUAAAGGCACGCUGACGUCCAUCACCAACCUGGCGACCAGCCUGGCCAGGAACAUGGACCGGCUGUCCCUGGAUGAGGAGCACUAUACCAGGCAGGAGGAGUGGAGGAGACAGCUACCUGAGAGCCUGGGGGACGGACUCAGACAGGGCCUGUCUAGACUGGGCAUCAGCCUACUGGGAGCGAUCGCUGGCAUCGUGGACCAACCCAUGCAGAACUUCCAGCGGGGUUCAGAGAUGCAGAGUUCAGCAAGCAGCAAGGCCAAAGGGGUCAUCUCUGGGGUGGGGAAAGGCAUCGUGGGGGUCUUUACCAAACCUAUAGGGGGCGCCGCAGAGCUGGUCUCUCAGACGGGAUACGGUAUCCUUCAUGGGGCUGGUCUCUGGCAGCUCCCCAAACAGCUGUACCUCCCAGCAGACCAGAAGUCAGCCCUCGCCCCCAACAGUCACGUCAAAUACGUCUGGAAGAUGCUCCAGUCCCUGGGUCGUCCAGAGGUGCACAUGUCCCUGGAGGUGGUGAUCGUGUCCGGGUCGGGUCAGGAGCAUGCUGGGUGUCUGCUGCUGACAGGGGAGGUGGUGUUUGUGGUCAGUCUGUCUGAGGACACACAACAGCAGGCCUUCCCCAUCACUGAGGUGGCCUGUCAACAAGACCCCCACCACCUGGGGGCGCUGACCCUCACGCUGCAGCAGCAGAGACUCACCAACGAUGUAGAGGGUGACAGUGGGAGGGAGUUGUCAGAGCAGCAGUAUGGUCGCCUGGUGGACUAUGUGACUCGUGCGUCUGCGUUCCUCUCCCCCUCGGCCUCGUCCCUCCAGCAGGCUCCUCCCAUCACCCCGGCCGAGCCUCCGCCCGCCGUCACCAAGACCUACCGUUACCUGGUCGACCCCGCCCACGCCGCCGUGUUCGUCUCCAAGUUCACCAUGGUCAAGAACAAGGCGCUGCGCAUCGGCUUCCACUGACUCACCUGUACACACACACACACUCACCUGUACACACACACACACACUCACCUGUACACACACACACACACUCACCUGUACACACACACACACUCACCUGUACACACACCUUUACAGAGACGCUGACACACCUGUACACACCUGUACACACACACACCUUUACAGAGACGCUGACACACCUGUACACACCUGUACACACACACCUUUACAGAGACGCUGACACACCUGUACACACCUGUACACACACACCUUUACAGAGACGCUGACACACCUGUACACACCUGUACACACACACACCUUUACAGAGACGCUGACACACCUGUACACACCUGUACACACACACCUUUACAGAGACGCUGACUCACCUUUACAGAGACCCUGACACACCUGUACACACACACACACACACACACACACACACACACACACACACACACACACACACACACACACACACACACACACACACACACAC